AUGAAUACCUUUAACCACAUAGUCAAAAUUGCCCUUUUUACCCUCUUCAUCUACACCUCGGCCAACAACGGAAUUAAGGAAAAUGGCUUUGGAAAAGCUGAAGGCAAGAGAAAUAUAAGAUGUCUUACUGAAAUGAACAGAGAAUUUGGAAGACAAGAAUUCGGUGCUCAAGGUGAACAAGGCCAAUUUGUAAACGGGGAAAACACAAAUGAACGAAGAAAUAGAAACAGAGGAGGCUUCGAUUCUCAAAAUGACCGAUGGAAUAACAGCUACCAAGGUCAACCUGGCCCUGAUCCACAAAUGCACGAAAGAAUAUACAGGAACACUGAUGUCCCAGAGUACUACAACAGCGGCAGCAACAUUAGGUACGUAUCCCCAGGAAAUAACUUCAAUAAUGAGUUAUUUGAAAAAUUAAAGAACAAUGCUAUAUUUAUCAUUCCAGCGUUACUACUGGGGUUCUACGCUCUUAGGAACAUGGGAACAAACAGUUUAUUAAUGAUAGUAGCCAUUGUUGGUAUUUUAAUGUACACUCAGCGCUACAUCAAUUAA